UUACAAUAAAAAUUUUAAAAAAUAAAAUUAAAAAUAAACAAUUUAAGAAAUAUCAAAAAAUGUGCGAAAACCAAAACGAAGCGGAAACGUCAAAAGCUGACUUGUGCACAUCUAUAAACGAUUCCAAUACAGUAAACAAUCAAACAAAAAAUCGUGGGGAGGAAAUUAAUAAAAAUAAACGAACGAUCAAGGCCGAAAUGUCGAAGGGGAGUAGUCGAGAUCAAAAGGGGAAAUUGGCAAAAAAUAUUUUAAUGAAAGGAAAGCCGAGAGUUGGAAAAUAUAAGUCGAAGGACCGUUCAUAUUUGGCCAUUAAAAAGGCGUUGGCUGAAGUUAGAAAAAGAAAGGAGGGAAGGAAAGAACAUUAA